GUCGCAUAAACGAGAAGACACGCCGCAUGACCCAAUCUCACUAACGCCUGCUUGCGUCUCUGAUCCUUUGUUUCGAAACGCAAGCCAAACCCGAACUGCUACCUAAACAUCGCAUGACGACGACGCUGCCUCGCCUGCCAUUUGGUUCGUCCUGCGCCCGCAAUUGUUUUUGAGUAGCCUGGACAACGGCCAUCAAAUCCCGCCCAGUAUCGACACGUUCUCUCCAGACACAACUUCCGCACAGUCGCGAUGCAUCGCUCAUACUCUAUGCGCUCCACGAGGGCGCCCACUGCCUCGCAGAUCCAGAACCCACCCCCGCCGCCGUCAAGCACAAAGUCGGGCCGCCUCUUUGGCCGCGGAGGACUCGGACAUGCCCUCCGUCGAAACACCGCCGGCGCCUUUGGGCCCGACCUUGCCAAGAAGCUGUCGCAACUCGUCAAGAUGGAGAAGAAUGUCAUGCGGAGCCUAGAGAUGGUUGCCAAGGAACGGAUGGAGGUUGCCCAACAACUAUCUCUCUGGGGCGAGGCCUGCGAUGAGGACGUUUCGGACGUGACAGACAAACUGGGCGUGUUACUGUACGAGAUAGGCGAGCUCGAAGACCAAUACGUCGACCGGUACGACCAAUACCGCAUUACCAUGAAGAGCAUUCGGAACAUCGAGGCUUCAGUGCAGCCCAGCAGAGACAGGAAACAAAAAAUUACGGACCAGAUCGCCCAUCUAAAGUACAAGGAGCCCAACUCUCCAAAGAUUGUAGUGCUCGAACAGGAACUCGUCCGCGCCGAGGCCGAGUCCCUCGUCGCCGAGGCGCAGCUCUCCAACAUCACACGCGAAAAGAUCAAGGCAGCCUACUCGUACCAGUUCGACGCCCUGCGCGAGCACGCCGAGAAGGUGGCCAUCAUCGCCAGCUACGGGAAGCACCUCCUUGACCUGAUCGAUGACACGCCCGUGACGCCCGGCGAGACGCGCCCCGCCUACGACGGCUACGAGGCCAGCAAGGCCAUCAUCCAGGACUGCGAAGACUCGCUCACAAACUGGGUGGCGCAGAACGCCGCCGUUACCGCCAAGCUGUCGACGCGCGCGCGCACCCUCUCGCAGCGCCGCAGGAACAACAUCAAGGCGCGCACCGAGGGCCAAGUACCUGGCCAUGGCCUGGACCUGUCGGCCCAGGAUGCUCCUCUGAGCGAUCGGGACGCCUGGGUGCCCGCAGGGCAGCAUGGCGAGGAGUAUGCGGCGGAAGAGGAAGAGGGCGUGGGAGAGGAGGACGACGUCGACGCGCCCAGCCAUACGGUCGUGGAUACCGAAGCGAGUCCGAACGGCGAGCAGCGCGGGCGUAACCAUGACCCCGUUGGUGCCUAGCGUGGC